AAUUUAUAAGAUGUGCAUUUCUGCCUCACAGGGAAAAAAGCCUCAAGUGGAACAUUCCCACGCAGCAAUCCACAGAAGUUCAGUCUGUUAGUGCACAGUAUGGACAAUCUCACAUGCAGCCCUGCUACUUCAGUCCUCCUGCACCAGUCAUGGCACAGAGAAGCCUUCAGAUUUUCCUAAUUACAUCAUUAUUACAGCAUUAAAAACGAAGAUGGGGCUUUUGCACUCGAAAAAUGCGUGUAAACGCAGGGAAAGUCCAGAAGGUGGCACUCUGCUGCUGCUGCAGGGAGAGUCCUGUCCUCCCAGCGAGUCGCACACAACCCGACACAAGCAGGAUGUAUGUGGUGCAGAGCUAAGGGAUGACCACUUCUUGGAUCAUGGCUGCCCUCUGGAGGUAAUCUUGCCACCAGAGAGAGCAGCUGAAUCUCAAAGUUACAAAGUUUCAUCAGAAAAUGGAGAUCCCCUGAGGAGGAAUGCAAAAAAUGAUGUGAGUGAAUGCCCUGAAAAGAUUAUAAAAGAUUGCCGUUACGACAGUCCAAGCGAGAGCAUUCAUUUACAGGACAUGGAGUGUAAUGUGCCUGUUGUGGAUGAAAAUCACCAAGAGUGGGUGUUUACUUUGUAUGACUUUGACAACAGUGGCAGAGUAACCAAAGAGGAUAUGUCCAGCCUGAUGCAUACCAUCUAUGAGGUAGUGGAAGCAUCGGUCAAACAGUCUGCACUCUGCGACAGCAAAACUUUGCGUGUCAAACUGUCUGUAACACCCUUAAUAUCCAGUAACAACAGAAGAGAACGAGAUAUUGGUCUUCCACCGAACAAGCAGGACCACCUGGAGGAAAACCACCAGAUUCACAUCAGAGGACAGAGCACAGAUCCUGCUGUCAGCUCUGAGAAGAAACUUUACCGCAUUGAUGAGAACACGGAACGCAGAAACCACUAUUUAGACCUGGCUGGGAUUGAAAACUACACCUCCAGAUUUGAUGCAGACCACAUGUCACCCUAUGAGGAGCAGUGUCAGGACAGCCCCGCACAUGGCACCCGCUCUGCCCAUCAUCGAUGGCCUCAGCUAGAUCGUGGCAGUCUGGGGAAGUCCGGUGGCCGUCGCCUCCCUUUUCUCAGGUCUCUGCGGAGCCGCAGCAAAUCAAACAGGCUUCAUGGGCAUCACCCAGUCAGCUGGUGCUGUCCUCCUGCACCACAGCAGCAGCCUCUGCAUUACAGUCACAGUAAGCGUGUUCAUGCCAGGCCUCGUGAUGCCACAUCGGCCUCUGUGCCUCAUCCGGGGCUAGACUUGGAGCUGCAGCCUGGAACAGGAAUUUCUCCUGGUGGGUUCAUGCCCAUGGCUCAGAGACAUGAGCACCAUCACCUUCAUGAGCAUCAUCAUCAUCAUCACCAUCACCACCAUUACUAUUCCUCCUGACUGCAGCCUCUCAGAAAGAGAGACAGACUGAGAAUGAGCUUUUUAGGUGGUGACCCUGAAAAUUGCACACACAAUCUUUCUUCGUAAAUCACAUCCAGGAUCAGAUGUGGAAAGGGACAGCAUUUCUCUGUAUUUGAGAGAAAAACAAAAAUUUGUUAACUGUCUAAGAAAGCUAAAAAAAACUAUGCAUCAUUUGUUUUUUUCCAUUAUCUACUACCAAUAAAUAACUGUUUUACUACCUUUCUUUAUAAGUUCAAUAAAAUAAGUUCCAAUUGAUUCUGAAAAAAAAAAAAAAAACCUUACAGUGAUGUAUCGUGCUUGUAAAUAGAAUUGUGCAGAGUUCUGUCCUGGCAUAGAAUGUAAUAGAUUAAUGUAUAUUUCCUCCUGAAAAGUAGCUGAUAUGGCUGUUGUUUCAGAAGUCAACUCACUUUUCUAAGCCCAGAAGACUGAUAGGAAAUCUCUAGAUUCUUCUGUAGAAAUAACCACUUUUUUCAUAAACCCUAUAUUUCUAAUGUAUGUUGAAAUUGUGGCAUAUUUGUGCAUUGAAAAUAUAUAACAAUAAUCAAUGAUUCUAUAAUCUUGAAUCCAUUGUUUAACAUUUAUAUAAAUUACAGCCUAAAGAUUUUACAGGAAAUAAUGCUGUAAAUUUGAAGACUGAGGUGUUUUAAAAAUAUAUUUAUAUUUUUAAGAAUUAGACCAUCCAGGCCAGGAUGUGAGUGUAUAUUUUAUUACAGAAUCUGAUACAAUAUUGUAGAGGUCAUUUUUAUACACAAGGUCUGAUAAGGAAACUAUUACAUAAUUUAUAGUAUGAAGAUGGUAUGAUAGUUGUAUAACCCUUUUUAAAUUAGGAGAGAUGUGAAAAUAAUAUAAACACAAUCACAAG